UUUUUCAGUUUAGAAACCAGUUCAGAAAAACGUCAUCACCAGGCGACACAUGUUGUUCUGCUGUCCUAGCAAGCCGCCGUCAAACUAGCUCCUCUUCAGACACACUCGGUACCUGCCGUUAUUGAGCCCUGAUGACGGCCUCCACUCGCAGGACGGUGUUGUCACUGUACAUGCGGGUGUUUCGCAUCGCUCGAAGCUGGCAGGCAGAGAGCAGAGUUACAAGCGACACAUCGACUGAGAGAAAAUACAUACUUCAGGAGGCCCGCUCUUUGUUCAGACAGAACCAACAGCUCACAGAUCCAGAAUCAAUAAAGAAGUGUAUAGAAGAAUGUGAAGCAAGGAUAGAAAUAGGUCUACAUUACAGGAACCCAUUUCCAAGGGCUACGUACCUGCCACCAAUGGGACUGGCGACUCAGAAAGGCAGGAAGCUGCGAGCACAGCAGCGCCUGAGGAAGCAAGCCAAGCCAAUAUACUUACAGUCACAUGACGAGACCUGAUGCUCGAUAUCCUCGAUCCUCGCCAAGAGUUCAAGUUACCAUGGGCAGGAAACUAGAGUGCAGUCACAAGCUGAUCUCAUGGGCUGAUUUGUUGCAAGCACUCAAUGAUGCAAGAACGCCCGUCAUUCAGGAAAAAAAGCCACUUGUCACUGUCAUCCUUUACUGUAAACAGCUUAAAUGUGAGUUCAAACUAACUGACGAGUGUCUGCUUCUGUUCAGCUCAGGAAAGCUGUUAGCGUCGAGUUACCUGUAAUAUAAGAUCAAGGUGUAUAUUUUAUUUAUUUUUCUGUGUGAAAUUGUUGUAAUAAAUACUUCACAUUCUUUCACAACUGAUAAAAACAAAGUUGUUUUCAGCUCUUUUAUUCUAGUAAUAUAUUUGUGAAUUGAAAUUAAGAAUUCUAAAUGUAUCUAAAUACACAAAGCAAUGUUCUCUGUUUUCCAGCAUGCACUGUUUCAGGACCCCAUUCCUCUCCUUUUUCAAAUAAGUGGCCUGUUUAUUCAAACAGAAACUGAAAUAAACUCCAGGAAUGUUGGCAACAACAGAGGAAAUUGGGAAACAAGUCAUAUUUCAGUCAUCUAAAAUUCUGAGCCAUUGUAGUUUACGCAGGUGGUGUACUUCCUGUUCUGAAAAACUAAAGAGGAAGGACUGGGGGAGGCAGACAGAAGCAAGGGACAUUUACGGUUCAGUGCAUUUUCAUCAUUACAGACUUCCGAGCAACGCAAUAACAUGAGGUAGAAUUUACAACAAGCUUUUCGGGAAGUCCUCAAAACAGGAACAGAGAGGGGAUGAAUACAGACGACAAAUGU